GUCUCUUUUCCCAGCCUGGCAGUUGAAGAAGGAGUCAGGAUUCUUCUGUUCUGGUUGUCAAGGUUGUUUAUUUUCUGUUAUCUAUAGCAUUCCUUUCCUGACCUGCUGAGGUCUGUUCAGCAGGUCAGUCUAUGGCACACUGCCCACCUUCAGGGCAGCGUUGUCUUUUAUACUAAAAACUACAUGUACAUUAUUUACAAUAAUUUCCCAAUAUCUAUCACCUAUGUUAGACAGUCUGUGUCUACCUUAAACUAAUCCAAAAGUGCCACCAUCACCCAGAAGAUGGAAGCUAAGAAGAAGGACAAGGUAUGCCUAAAUCCCUCCAUCUUGGCUUCUGAACUCUUAUUCUAAAAACUCAAAAUUCUACUUUUUUAAUCUUGUAACAAACUAACUAUCAUUCUACUUAAACCUUCAUGGUUUGUGAAUCCUCAUACAAGGUUGGUAAUUGUUUUUUGAGGAAUGUCCUGGGUUCCAGCAUAAGGAAGAUGAGAAAGCAAUGCAGGAUUGCUGCAAAGCCUGGGUGGGAGUUGUUUGAAUGCUGGAUGUGCUGCACUGCCCCUCCCUUGGCACAGAGCUGUCCCUGGACGUGCAUUGGAGCUGCUGAGAGCCAGAGACUGGGACCUCAACCCCUGGGCAAAACUCAGCUGCUGUCUGCAGGUGUCACCCUCAAACUGGGGAGCUCAGCUUCAGGUAACUGAGAAUUCCAUCAAAGUCUAAGAGUAAGUAGUCUGUGCUUAAAUGCACUCCUGCUGCAUUUUAUUUUUGAAUAAGGUGAGCUUGGUGCAGUGUCAGUGAAAGUCAGAAAUGCCCAGAGUGUGGUAAUGGCCAGGCUGGGUGUGUGGUCAUGUUUCAGUUGCAGCUCAGGCACAGACACAGCAGUGCCUCUUAUCUGGUGCUAUCAACACAUGUGGAAAAGUAUCUGGGAAAAAUAUGAAAAUAUAGAAAUGCUGUUUCCAAGUGCAGAGUGUCCCCUGGGAAGAGGGAGAGGAGGAGGACAAUGUUUAUUCUUAAAGGUGUGCCUGAUUCAACAAGGUACCAAAACAUAAACAGCUCCUCUUGACUUCAGUGAAGACAGCAAAGGGCAGCCUCAGGUUGUGCCACCCCAGGCCCGUGAUGUGUACAGUUUCUUCAGUGACAUAAAUUAUCUCUACAACUAAAAUAUUCAUGGAAAAUAGCUGCUUUAAAAUAAACAGACUUAACUUCCUUAAUUCAUGCAAACUCAAAAGUUCACAGUUAACCACUGAAAAAUGCAAAAGGCCAAGGAAAGGUGGAAAUAUCUCUGCUGGUUAAAAAUUCAGCCCUAAUUACUUCUCCCUGAAAUGAGAGUGACUGUGGCAUAUAGAGGAACUCUGCAGAACAACUUGGAAGUUCUGUUCAGUGACACCUGCCUUCAUGUGAUCCCUGAGGCAGUGUUUAUUAGGAAUAUAAUUUUCUUUAACAGCUUUUCUCCCCAUCAUCCCCAGUGGCUGAUCCUGCUCCAGCAAGGAAAUCCUGGUGGCUUUCAGAACAGCAGCAGCAGAACUGGAGAGAGGUUUGGAAUAAGAUGGACCUGAAGCUGGUUCAUCCUUCCUGGGUUCUGUCUCUGGCUUUUGUCAAUAUUCACUUUCUGCAUCUAUUUCAUGGUAACACCACUGAUUUAUUGGUUAAAUCAUAAGUCAAAAGAACUGAAUUUUACCUGAGAUUUGAGAUUUUCAGUUUAUCUUCCAUUUUCUGUCUCCAUCAAAUAGAAGGUACUUGUCCAAAACUGUCCCCCCUCCCCUAAAUGAAUUUGCAGCUAGGUCAUUUUUAUAUGUCAUAAAUUGUUUAUAAUUUUAUUUUCUAGCCAGUUUAGGAUAAAACUCUGGGGUUUUUCAUCUUGAGUGAUUGAAUAUGAGUAUCCACGAGGAACCACUCCCAUAAUUAAGUUAAAUGAGAGCAACACAAAGUUACUGGGUUUUUGUGAUGGUGAAUAACUCCAAAUAACUCAGAGCUUCCCACGAGCAGAGGUCUGGAGAAGACUAAAAAGUCUCUGCUCAUGUAAGAGUAGAACAUGCUCAGUUUUUUGGAGAAUCCUUAGCUCUGAAUGCUGAGAACUUGUCAUAGUGCAGUGUAGCAAAACCAAGGCUCUUUUCUAAUUAAGACUUACUCGGAUUUUUCAGUUUUUCCCAUUCCCUGGCUGAAAUUUCCUGUGUCUUGUAACCAUUUAACAAUAUGUUACUAACCAUCCAUUAUGUCCUGCUUUAUUCUCUUUUAGAUGAAAGAGCCAUGUAAAAAAAAGAAUUCUCCAGCCCCUGUGACUGAAUUUGAGCGAUAAUGUCAAUGGAAUUAACACAUUGCCAGUGUUGAAUGGGCUCCUGUGGCUGUAUAAACAUCAAGAUCUGUUGGCACUGUCUCACCUAAUGCAAGACAGGACUGACUGAUGAGGAUGUGGCACAGAAGCUGUUUGGGACUCCCUGGGUCACAAAAUCAGAGAAGAUGGCUGCACUGCAGAAGGCAGAGCUGGUCAUGCAGCCCCAGCCAUUGCUGCAGAUCCUUCCUCUCUUUGUCCCUUCGGACAUCAAAGGCUCGCAAGGGGACAACCCUGGCGGGAAGCUCCUCCCUGCUCAUUAGGCUCCAUAAAACAGGAACUCACCUUGGCUAGCUGUGCUUGGAGUCCCAUCCUCACCCCGCUCACUCUUGACACUGGAUCUCGGAAGGAAGGGCUUGUGCUUGCUUCAGGAAAUCGGACCUGCUUUGGAACUGGACUAUUUUGGCUUCUCUUGGAAGAACUCUGGUGGCUCUCUUGGCCUUGCAAGCUCCUCGACGUCACAGUACAUGGAAAAAUGCAAGCUUUACCAGACGUGAAAGCGCCGUGUGAGGCCCUUCCUUCCCCCAGCCUGGAGCCCUUCCCACAGAGCUCCAUCGUGGUCACCCUCGAGGACAUGGGGCUCUGGAUGAAGUUUCACCAGAUAGGAACUGAGAUGAUCAUCACCAAAUCUGGCAGACGAAUGUUUCCUCAAUGCAAAAUCAAAGUCUCUGGCUUAAUCCCGUAUGCCAAGUACCUCAUGCUGGUAGAUUUUGUGCCAAUGGAUAACUUCAGGUACAAAUGGAAUAAAGAUCAGUGGGAAGUUGCUGGAAAAGCAGAGCCCCAGCUGCCAUGUCGCACCUAUGUCCACCCAGAUUCCCCAGCUCCUGGCAGCCACUGGAUGAAGGAACCUGUCUCCUUCCAAAAACUGAAGCUCACUAACAACACUCUGGAUCAACAUGGGCAUAUCAUCCUGCACUCCAUGCACCGUUACAAGCCGCGCUUCCACAUCGUGCAGGCCGACGACCUCUUCAGUGUCCGCUGGAGCAUCUUCCAGGUGUUCAGCUUCCCUGAGACUGUCUUCACCUCUGUCACUGCCUACCAGAACGAGCAGAUUACAAAGCUCAAGAUUGACAACAAUCCAUUUGCUAAAGGUUUCCGUGAGCAUGGGAAGAACACUCGAAGGGAAGGACGAGCCAAGUGCCAGAAGCCCAGUCCAGCCAAGAGCCAGAAGAGGAAACUGCCUGAGGAAAAGGAGCCUGCUGCUGAGGAACGUGAUUUUGAGAAGGAUGAGAAUGUGGACGUGAAGGAAGAGAGUAACCCGGUGGUGGUGAGCAGUGGCUAUCCCUUCUGGGGCUCGGAGCAGAACAGCAGCCAGGCCUUCCCUGCAGCCUCACCAGUGCCUGCUGAGCAGAGGGAGCCUCUGGCCAGGGAGCAGCAGGUGCCAACACCAUCCUACCACACAUAUCGGUUCCACGAAGCUGGGGACAGCCAGCAGCUUCCCAGCCGUGACACCGCCACCCUGAACGAUUUCCGCGCACGGUGCCACGCCUUGGAUCUCGCCAUGGUGCCCGAGCACGACUCCAAACAGCUCCCAGAGGGCUUCACCAACCUGCCCCCACUGCCCCCACCUCUGCCUCCUCCCCAGGACUACACAGGAGUGGUGAACAUGGCUCUGGACUCUGUGGGGAAAGCCGGGCCCCGUGCGCCCAUGUACGGUCCCUAUGGCACCGAGCAGGGCCUGGGGCAGUGGGUGGUGCCUUCCCACAGCCAGUACAGGGCAAUGAGCUACUCGGCCUUCUCCACGGAGUACAACACACAAGGAACUCCAGGACAUGCCCACGGCACCAUGGCAGAGUGGAGCCAGUACCCUCUGUUCCCCUACGCCUGCUGGUGAAUGGGGAGGACCCUUCCCAGUGAAAAAACUGAAAGAAAAUUGUAAAUGAGAUUGAAUUUACUGUUGAACUUGUGAAGCUUUGCCUACACUAGGCAGAGGUAUUGCUGCCAGCAGUAGAGUGGGACACCUUCACUUCCUUGUCUCCUUGCACAACAACCCUCACCAUAUUUCACAAGCAGUGGUUGAACUGGUGGCUGCCCCAGCCAUGUCACUGUGGAUCAGGCUCAAUGUGUUGUGCAGUGGUUUUUUCCCAGCAGGAGCAGGAAACCAGAGGUCUGCAAGAACAGUAUUUAAAUAGCUGCUGAACUCACAGUCAGUGUUUGCACCUUGCAUUUGGCAGCUUCCAACAUCCCUUCCUCCUGGGACCUGGUGCAAGGAGAUAGGGGCUGAGGACUUACAGUAAGCCAUCCAUGUGGCCAGAAAGCUGUAAAAAAUAUUGCAAAGGCAAGCAAAGCAAGCAAUCCUGGUGAACUCUGAGCAGCUUCCUCAGUCAGUGUAGUCAAAGUAAAGCUAGAGUCUUGCCUUUCUUCCAGCAGCAGGUGAGAGUAAAAUGCACAGCAAGGUGUGUCUGGAGCACAGCAGGGGCAGAGUUUGCAGAGUCUGCAGGCAGGGGAGAGUUUGUUCCAUGCAGAAGUAGCAGCAAGGGUGUGUGUGGUGUCUUCCUGUCCCUGAGUCCAUCCCUCCUCUGUCAGCCCCAGAUUCGAGGUCAGUGAAAAGCUCUGUGGAUGUGGAGGGAUGUGGUUCAUGGAAUGUGGGGGGCUCCUCUGGGGCUUUCCAAGGUUGUCAGAAGCAGGGCCAUGAACAGCAGUGCUCUCUGUCACUCCAGACUCUUCCUUUGGAGGGAAAGGAGAUUUUCCACUGUGAACUUACUCCUUCUCCCACUCCCUGCCUGGAGAAUAUCAUUUAUAGCUGUGCUUCCUGCCCUGCUCUGUGAGUGUGUGAAGUUAUCUCACCUGUUUGGGAGUCUGCAGGGAUCUGUCCAUGUUUAAUCAGAGUGGUUCCACCUCCCUCCUCUGUGGUCCCAUCCUGGGCAGGAGCAGCCUGUGCACAAGCAGGCAUUCUUUUCAUCUUCCUCUUAGAAGGGGGAGGCCUCCCUGUUUGCCCACGUGCAGAUGGCACUGGGGACUUGGUGACACAGACUCAUUGCUUCUCAGGGAGGAUAGAAAUGCUCCUGGGUGUUAUUUAGGGAAUGUUUUCGUGUCACACUAAUAGCUGCUGUGUGGCACUGAGGUGUGUCAUUUAGCCUAUGUGCCAGAUGGUUUUCUGUGUGAGAGUGUGUGUGUGUAGCAAGAUGUUAUCUCUGAGCAGACCUGUGCAGUUUGUGCCUCAGGACUCCUGUGCAGGGACACUGGGAAAGGCUGUGCACCAGGUUUUUGGGGCACCAGCUCCUCAGUGUGCAUCUGCAUAGCAUAGGGAUGUUGAGGGAUGUUGUUAUUGUUAAAAUUACUGUGAAAAGCAGCCCUGUAAAUUUGUGGGCUCAGCUACAAUGACUGUUUUCUUAUUUAAAUUGUAUAUUGCAAACUGCUUUUGUACCACAAUUAUGAUAUGUACAGAGCAGCUGAGUACUUCCCCUGGGCUUCCCAGGGUUUGAGGAUGUGCAGCAUUGAAAGAAAGGUCAGACUUUGCCACAGUACAUGUACAUAAUGCCCUGUGAGUCUCCCCUCUGAUGGCACCCUGGCCAGUAAUGAUUUGUACCUGCUGUGCAUGACACACAUGUGGAUGUGAGCAACUCACUUAAAAAGAAAUCUGGCUGGGGAAACAAAAUGUGUAGCAGGCCUUUGUUAAUGCCAAAAUAUCAUGAUUUCCUGCUGUCCAAAUGCCAGCUGUGUGAAGGCAGGUCAGCUGUAAAAGGCUGUCUCUGGUCAUUAGUAGUUAAUUUUGCUACCACUGUCCUUCACAUCUUGGAAAUGAGAGGAGCAGAAUGGCCGGGGAGGUGAGUGCCUUGGGCACCAUGUGCAGGGACCCGAGGGGGUACUUUGUGCAUGCCAGCAGCAUGCCCACAAGAGAGAGAGAGAGAAUGCAUCCCCCACAGGCUACCUGGCUGGAUCUGUUGCUUUAUCUUUGUAGCUGGGAUGUGUUUCCCUGUCACGGAGCGCUAAUGAGGAUGAAAAGCUGCAGCGAGCAUGAGUAACUGAGGCCAGCUGGGCAGCACUGGGGAAUUCCUGUGAAAAUACGAGUGCAAUGCCGUUUCUUUCAAACCUUCGCAGUAGCAGCGCAGGUGCUGCUGCCCCCUGGGCAUGUCGGUAGAGCUGCUUUGGCAGACGGGGUAAAAGACUCGGCUUUGUGCCUAGGACGAGCCAUCAAUUACUCAUCAGCCUUCUGUUGCAACAGGACUGCUCGCCCUUCUCCAGUGAAUCAUCCGGCGUGCAGAAGUACCUAUCCUUUCUCUCUGAUUAGAGACUGUGCUCGGCUCGCUCGGGAAGCCUUGGGAGAUUUUGCCUGUAGGUGUGCUCUGGACUCUGCUCCCGCCCCCUCGCUCUGCAGCUCCCACUGCCUUGUUUUCCUAAGCUGUGGCAUUUCAAGCCUGUAUGAGCUCGAUUGAAAUGCUGGUUUUGCACGCAUGUGAGAUAAUGUAAUGCCUCUGACAGCUUCAAUAAAAGGAAAUGAGACAUGUGGAAGUCAGGCCGUUAAGACUAAUAAAAUAAAC